AUGUUCCUCGCGCUCCUCCUCGCUAGUGCAUCGAGCAUUGACGAAAGCGGACUCGCCAACCAGGUGAGGCAACGGGCAGCGGCGCUUCUCUCUUGCUGCCAUCUGUGCUGCAACACCACGUCGCUCGUCGCUGGCGUGACAGCGCCAAAAGCAUGGCCAAAGCGGGGCGGUGGGAACUGGCGGGACCUCUUGUUGCCCAUCUCCAGGACACUUGAUGACGCAUCGCUGCUCGUGGAUGGGGACGUCUACAUCUUCGGGGUUGCAGCUGGGAGGUCCCUCCUGAGCUGGCGAGACAUCCUGCUCCGAAACGAGGUCCGAACCUGGGGGGCGAGAAAGGGCACCUCCGUAGCUCCGCCGCUUCGCUCGCCACCCAAGAAGUGGUACGGAUUCGACUCCUUUGCGGGCUUGCCGGAGACGAAUCGCGACGAGAAGCUUGCGGGAUGGCGCAAAGGCAGCUAUCGUAAUACACAACAAGGGCCUCGCGAGAUUGCGCGCAGAUACUUCAACGAGGACGACCGGCGCUCCUCUGGUAUUCCGUUCAAGGUCUCGCUCGAGCUUAUCCCAGGCUUCUACAAUGAUUCGCUGACUACCGGCAUCAUCGCGCAGUUUGACAUGAGGCGAGCAACGUUUGUGGAGAUCGACUGCGAUCUGUACCUCAAUGCAGCGCCGGUCAAGCACUCCGUCAUUCGCGACAUUGCCGGCGCAGCUGUGGAGCAAGUGAGCGGCGGCCACCGCCGACUCACUGCUGCGCUGCACGCGGCGAAGCGAAAUGGAACGAGCGACUCCUUCUCUCAGCGGUUGGUUGCUCAUGCGACUGCGGCGGCUCUCAACAUGACCCAGGAUCGGAUCGUCGAUGCCGUCGCAAAGCGGCUUGUCGAGGAGCAGGAGGAGGCGUCCCGCCGCCGGCUAGUCGCGGAGCAUGACGCCCGUGGACGCCGUCUGGACACAAUCGUGUCCAGCACUUGCCACGCUACGUGCGAGGGCAACUCAAACAUUAAUCCGGGCUGCGCCAUCUGCAAGUCCGAGCCCAGGCAAGGCAAUGCGGCGGGGCCGCGGAACAGCGCAUUAAAUGUAAACGGCUGGAAUUGCGGCAAUGCAAUCACGUGUCCGGCCGGCAGCGGGUGCGUCGCUCGCGACACCCGCAGCUAUCGAGGAACCAUUUUCGAGUGCUAUGAGGGCGCUCCUCCGUACCUGCUCAGCGCCCUCGAGGGGCGAGAGCCGACUGAAGCGCUGCCUCCCUCGCUGGGAAAGCUCAGACUCGCCUUCUCGAUCGAGGCGGGCAUCGAGAUUCAGGCAGAGGCGGCGGCCGCGUUGGACGAAGCGAGGGAGAUUGACCUCCUUGAGAAGUUCGGAAAGCCGGUCGACAUCGCAUAUGGCAAGAUCAUCCCUGUUUCUCCGUAUGGAGCGGUCCUGACCUUUGAAAUCGACGCCCGCGUCAGGCUGCGGCUUCCGCUCGCAGUACACGCGACCUUCGAAGCCGCCGGUACAGCAAACUUGCUCGUCAAGUACGACAGGGAGUGGGAGGUCAACACGGACCAGCAGGGACUAGAGCAGAGCCAGCUGUCACCAAACAUCGAUGCUUGGCAGCUGACGACCGUCGACAACUCACAGCUGGAGUAUUCGGUGUCGGGCGGGGUCGCGGCCUCACUCUCUGCCAAAGUUGGCUGCUGGGUGGAGAUCGAGCUGCGGCUGGCCGCCCACAUCGCCACGUCAAUCACUCUGUAUGGAGAGGCAGCCGCGAGGUGGGAGGUCAUGGGCGGCACCGAUGCCUCGGCCUGCGUCACCGCCGCCGUCAACGCGGCCCCCUCCUUCCAGUGCCAGCGUCUGCACACGAGCCUGACGCCGUACGUCGAGUACCCUGACAGUCAGGUCGCCGUUCCCGUCUCAUCGGGCUCGGCCGCCAUUGGCUUCUGGCUCUACGCGCCGUACCCUCAGAUUAGCCUGCGCGUCGGGUGGGAAAUGGGCACGAGCGCGAGUCUACUCGACCUCUGCGUGGGCUGCUUGACGUAUCCAGCGGCCGGCACGCUAUCGGUGUGCCCGUCCGGCGUAUCGUGGGACAGCUACCUCGGCCCUCCUGACGACCCAGGGCAGGGCGAGGAGCACCCCUACGGAAGGUACAUGCUCCGGGUGACCCACGUCGAGGAGAUCUCGUUUGACAUAGCAUCGGACUGGUGGUCGCCGGCAUCAGGGCCUCACCCACCGACACUUCUGCAGAGAUUCAUCGCGACGCCUUCCAUCGCGCUUGCCACGCCACCCACCCCCCAGCCCUUGGCUCAGAUCGGUAACGUGUGUUCGGGGGCUGGCUACACAGACCAGUUCGUGUGCUACGAUGGUGAGUACCCCAAAAUCACCUGCAUUCGUGCGCUCUGCAGCGGGGGUGUUUACACCGAUGACGUGGUACAGUGCCCCAACCUGGAUCGCAAUUCUCUAAGCAGCAUCGCGACGAGUGGCGGCAUCGCUGGCAGCCUCGCAGAGUUCAACCUCAAUGGUGCCGGAUACUCCUGUGGCAACCAGCAGACGCUGAGUUUUGACCGGAAGGGCAUUAUGGGCGCGGCCAUACAGCUCUUCCGCAGCUCGGGGAAUACCCCCAACCCACACCAACUCGGCAUCCGCAUGGGUCCCCGCAGCUCUGCGGGCCAUUUCGACUACAUGUUCAACUUUUACCACGACGCUCCUUUGUAUUGCCAGAACGUGAACAACUUGCACUGCGAUUGUCGUGCCAACUUCCACGACUUUAUUAGCAGCAACGAAAACGCUCCGGCUCGGGCCAUCGCGUGCAAGUAUACUGUCCCCUCGGAAUGGGGGGGGCGGCCCCCCGUCGUUUGUGCACCCGACUCGUGGAACCCGAGCUGGGCCUCGAACCCGACACCUUCGGAGGCAUGCGCGGCAUGGGCAAGGGACGAGACGUGGGGAGCGCUCAAGAACGGACUAUCUCUCUAUGAGGCAUGCCAACAAUGGUGGCCACGCAACCGCUGCGCGACCACAUGUUGUGCCGUCAAGCAGGGCUGA